AUGAGCAGCGUGCAACUAUCAAAGGGCGACUUCCAUAGCAUCUUCACCAACAAGCAGAGGUAUGAUAAUCCCACCGGUGGCGUUUACCAAGUUUACAACACCAGAAAAUCUGAUGGCGCCAACAGCAACAGAAAGAACUUGAUCAUGAUCUCCGACGGUAUUUACCAUAUGAAGGCUCUAUUGAGAAACCAAGCUGCAUCUAAGUUUCAGUCAAUGGAACUGCAAAGGGGUGACAUCAUUCGCGUGAUAAUUGCAGAACCUGCCAUUGUCAGGGAAAGGAAGAAGUACGUUCUAUUAGUUGAUGAUUUUGAGUUGGUUCAGUCACGUGCUGAUAUGGUCAAUCAAGCUAGUACGUUUUUAGAUAAUUAUUUCUCAGAGCAUCCCAAUGAAACCUUGAAAGAUGAAGAUAUCACUGAUAGUGGUAAUACAACUAACCAGACAAACGCCGGCAAUGUCGGAGUCCCCGAUAUGCUGCAUUCAAACUCUAACUUAAAUGUCAGCGAGAAAAAAUUGGUUAAUGAAAACUCUCACUCUCAAAAAUCCAGACCAAUUUUUGCAAUCGAACAAUUGUCUCCAUAUCAAAAUGUUUGGACUAUCAAGGCAAGAGUCUCUUACAAGGGAGAAAUCAAGACAUGGCACAAUCAAAGAGGUGAUGGUAAACUAUUCAAUGUCAACUUCUUGGACACCUCUGGAGAGAUUAGAGCCACCGCCUUCAACGAUUUUGCUACCAAAUUUAACGAAAUUCUUCAAGAAGGCAAAGUAUACUACGUAUCAAAGGCAAAGCUGCAACCAGCUAAGCCACAAUUCACUAACCUUACACAUCCCUACGAACUGAAUUUGGAUAGGGACACUAUUGUAGAAGAAUGUUUUGAUGAAAGUAAUGUUCCAAAAACACAUUUCAAUUUUAUCAAAUUAGACGCUAUCCAGAACCAAGAAGUAAAUUCUAACGUAGACGUCCUCGGUAUUAUCCAAACUAUCAACCCACAUUUUGAAUUAACUUCCAGAGCUGGAAAAAAAUUUGAUCGUCGUGAUAUCACUAUUGUCGAUGAUUCUGGGUUUUCCAUCUCCGUCGGUCUAUGGAAUCAACAAGCGCUUGAUUUUAACCUUCCUGAAGGCUCUGUUGCUGCUAUCAAAGGCGUUCGUGUAACAGAUUUUGGUGGCAAGUCUUUGUCCAUGGGGUUUUCGAGUACUUUAAUUCCAAAUCCAGAAAUCCCUGAGGCAUAUGCCCUAAAAGGUUGGUAUGAUUCGAAAGGCCGCAAUUCAAGCUUCACCACACUGAAACAAGAACCUGGUAUGGGCGGUCAAUCUGCAGCUAGCUUAACGAAAUUUAUAGCUCAGCGUAUCACUAUUGCCAGGGCUCAAGCCGAAAAUCUAGGAAGAAGUGAGAAGGGCGAUUUUUUUAGUGUGAAGGCUGCCAUAAGUUUCUUGAAAGUUGAUAAUUUUGCAUAUCCUGCCUGUUCUAAUGAAAAUUGUAAUAAAAAAGUCCUGGAACAGCCUGAUGGUACCUGGAGAUGUGAGAAAUGUGACACCAACAAUGCAAGUCCAAAUUGGAGGUAUAUAUUGACGAUAUCAAUUAUUGACGAAACCAACCAACUUUGGCUCACCCUGUUUGAUGACCAAGCCAAACAAUUAUUGGGUGUUGAUGCUAAUACAUUAAUGUCUUUGAAGGAGGAAGAUCCGAACGAAUUUACUAAAGUUACUCAGAGUAUCCAAAUGAAUGAGUAUGACUUUAGAAUUAGAGCGCGCGAAGAUACAUACAACGAUCAAAGCAGAAUCAGAUAUACCGUUGCUAACCUACACAGUUUGAAUUACAAGGCUGAGGCCGAUUACCUGGCUGAUGAGUUAUCUAAGGCUCUAUUAGCUUAA